UUAGUUUUAAAAUGACAGUGAAGCCUGUGACAUAAUAUAUAUACAUAUAUAUAUAUAUACAGAUACACGCAUAUUUCUGCAAUAACAUGCAGCAUAUGACUCUUAUUACCGUCUAUAUAUUUCGAGAAGUGUCUAUGUUUGAACAAUUUGAUACAAGCGGUUUUACACAUCAUUUAUAAAAGUUAUUUUUAAAAACUAAAAACUGAAAAUUAAUAGUCUUCUUUAAAUGUUCAUUUAAGGACCUAUAUUUGAUAUAUACAUUAAUGUUAACAACAAAAAAAGCAAAUAUGGACUGCACCAAACAAUCUACUUUGUGUAAUACAAACAAAGAAAUUGUUAUCUCUGGUAUUGCUGGACGAUUUCCUAAUUCUGAUAAUAUGAAACAACUUCAGGAUAAUCUUUUUAAUGAAAUCGAUCUUGCAUCAAACGAUAAUCGAAGAUGGAAUACUGUUGAGUUUGACAUGCCCUCUAGACUCGGCAAGAUCAAUAACUUAGAGAAGUUUGACGCACAAUACUUCGACAUUUCUAGUUUUGAAGCUCAAGUAUUAGAUCCUAUGACUAGAAUGUUACUGGAACACACUUACGAAGCAAUUAUUGAUGCUGGAGUUAAUCCUGCAGAGUUACAUGGAACAAACACUGGAGUAUUUAUAGGAGCUUGUUAUUCUUCGACGUUUAAUGCACUAGUGUACGAUAAACCUCAG